AUGGCUGUCUUCUCUUCUAUGACAAUCGUUCGGGCCCUCUCUAUCUUCCACCUAACCAUUGCCUUCUUCCUCCUGACCUCGCCGCGUACGAUCUCAGAACAGAACCUCGUCUACCUGCUUGGAGAAUCAAUGCGCCUGCCCCCCGUCCCCUCCCUCGCCUACAAAUCCCCCAUAACAGCCUUCCUCGCCGUCCUCUUCGCCUUCCUCGGCCUCUCCGACUUCACAGCCGCAUCCAUGCCUACGGAGCUGUCAAUUCCCUUCUUCACAUCCCAGGCCCCAGUACGACUGCUCUUCCUGUUCUUAGUCACGGGGUAUACGUAUCUCUUCAAGAAAGGCGGCAUGUUCGCGGGGCAGGGCCUAGCCUACAAACCGGGUGUGGGGGAGGAGCUGAAGAAUGGCGUGAUGUUUACGUGGGGGUUCUUGGAGCUUUCGGCGUGGUUCUGGGUGUUUCUUACGCUGAGGGACGAGAGGAGGCAGAAUGCUAUUCAGUUGAUGGAAAAGAGGAAGGCCGAGGCGGAUCGGAUGUGA